AUGACCUCAACCACUCCUUCACAAGGCCUCGCCGUGAAAGAUGCCAAGCUCCUCCUCGAACAUCCCUACCUCCCAAUGGAAGCAGGAGUCGCACACACCGAAGACGGAAUGCUUCACAUUGCGGCCUCAACCUACAUGAAAGACUGCACAGGCGAAAUGAUAGAUUGGUGGUUUGGUUGGAUCCACACAACAGACCAAUACCUCCUCUGGCACCCCCGAGAUCAUGUGUUUUCCGACUGGGAAGGGCCACGGGACAACAACAGUACCUAUAUUGGGGGUCAUCACUUGGUGCACGAGUAUAUUGGUGGCCAGCUACAGAAACUGAAGAUCUCUUUCAAGGAUCCGAGUGAAUAUUUCGGUCCCGGAUGGGAGACUGCAUUCAAGGACGCUGGAUACUCCACCGCUAUAUGUGGAAGAACAGGACAAUGGGAUGACGAAAAGAACGAAGUGGUUUAUGUCGGGCAUUUGAUUCAUUUGAUUAAAAUUGAGCCCGAUGGAGUAAGGAUGCGGUCCCGGUUCUGGAUGGGAGACGUCGAUGGAAUAACCGAUCCUGAAGCGAGGAAGGCGGCCGUGCCUUUGGAAUUUGGUAUAGGGCUUUUGCAGCAUGCCACUGAGGAAAUGGCUAUCUUGGCCACUAUUCUACCUGAGAUGUAUAAUAAACACUCGAAGAAAGAUUAA